ACAUUACAGAACGUAACAAAAAUAAAAUAUAUUUAAAGAAAAAUGUCGCUUCAACAUGAACCGGAACAAGUAACGAAGAGUACGAGUUUAGGUGUGUCUGAAGAGACUUCAAGACAACAGGGAGAGACAACAAUAGAGAUUGGUAACAAUAAUAACAAUAGCGAUUCGGCGAGAUUACAAAAAGCACAUUCUUACUCAUGUUCAACUAAUGGACCAACCACGUCAAGUGGCCUUGUAACACAACAGUCAUUAUCAAGUGGAGCAACAAGUAAACCGAUACUUAUUCGACAAGACAGAACAUCGUCGUAUCUUGCAAGUCCACAAUUUUCAGGUUUUGGAACAUCCGAAGAAACAUCAGAUGAUGAUAAUGCCAAGGCAAUAUCGUAUCAGUUAAUGCCUAACACACCCACCAAUAGAUGUCGAACGUGUCGCUCAAAUGAACGUCGUUCUUCAAUUUCACCAGCAUCAGUGAUUUACCUUCCAAGAUCUGCAUCAAAGGAAAGUGUUGGACGUUUAACUUCAAGUUCACUUGUGCAGCCACAUUCUUCAUCAAUUCCUCCCGUUUUUAUAACUGGAUCACCGAAAAUAAAUUCUAGAAUAAUUCGACAAAGUUCACAGCCAGAAGCAAGCACCCUUUCAUGUUGCAGUGCUCCAACAUGUACUCAUGCGCACCAAACGUCAUCUUUACGUCAAUUAAAAACAGAUCCAAGUGAUCAAAUUUCUGGAAUAGCCGUUGAUGCAUUGAGAGUGAGAUUUCAUUGA